AUGGAGACCCUUUUCGGAGCUCCUUACGACAUACGGCACGCUCCACCCUCACACGGCCAGCCACCUCAGGUGUACUCCAACUACUUUGCCCGUGUCAAGGAUCUGGUCCAGCAUGCGAGCAAGAAGAAUGAGAACAAGCCGGUCAUCCUCGUGGGGCACAGCUUCGGAGCCAGGGCGGGCCUCGACUUCGUCAAUUCGACUCCCCUAUCAUGGAGGAAAAAAUUCGUCAAGCACAUGGUCCUAAUCUCGCCCACACCACCUACGGGCUUUGUGCAGGUGAUCACGAACCUUCUCUCGGGGCCAGAGGUCAUUGUUGUCCCAACAGUUAAGCGGCUGGGUUUACGUCUAAUGUGGAGAACUUUUGCAAGUUCCCUUACAUCCUUGCCGUCUCCUCUGGUUUUUGGUUACGAGCCGCUUGUUGUUACCAAACAUAGAAACUACUCAGCGUACGACUACAUGGAUUUACUCACUGUGCUCGGUUUCAGCACCGACGUCGUGAAACGGGUGCUAGCAACGAAGCUAAAGGCUGACGCACCAAUGGUACCAACCACAUACCUUACAGGUGCCAGCAUCCAAACGCCAAAUCAGGUGAUGUUCUGGGAUUGUAACUUUGAUGUGGUUCCAGAGUAUGUAUAUGGCGAUGGUGACAAGGUUGUGAACUUAGUUAGCGUGUUGGCAUUCGUGAAAGAAAUCAGCAGGCAGCAGCGGUGGGGUAACAUACACUUCAAGUUCGUCAAGAUUGUUAAUGUUACCCAUUCUACUAUUGUUAUCCAGGAACACCCGCUCAAGAGAGUUAUGGCUGAAAUUCUAGAAGCAAAUCACAGAAGAGACAAUAUGUGA